AUGGAGGCAACUUUUGACUCUCCGCAAAGUGCACCAGCGGUGCCUACGAUACCAGGGCAUCAGGAAGUCGAACAUGAAGCAACGGUCACGCGAGGGAAGAGCCAACCGGGUACCAUUGGAGCUUGUGAUGCCUGCCGGCUAAGGAAAGUGCGAUGUCUUGCCAAUGAGGAUUCGAGGUCCUCGAAAUGCCAACGAUGUGCGAGAGCAAGCAGAGAAUGUGUUUACACUACGCACAGCAAGACCCGCCGCCGAAAAAGAACGGAUACAAGGGUAAAGGAGCUUGAACAACGGGUUGCGGAGAUGAGCUUCCUUUUGGAGCACGGGAGGAGUAGCUCCACACCGUCAAGUUUCGAGAAAGAGGACGAGAUCGUCGAUACUCACGGGAUGAAUAGCGACAUGGGAAGGGUCCGUUCAUUCUCGAACAGCAGUCUCAGUCCAGGAGCAGCUACGAAAGACGAUACGUGCGUGAGCCAUGGCAAACAGCAAGGACUACCGCAGAACCCCGCCUCGUCCCACCAGGUCUGGGAACAGAACACGGAAGUUCCCAAGUCAAUAUCGAUUCUGCCGGACGUAAUCGAUCGUGGAAUAUUGAACAUGGCCAAGGCUACGGAGUUAUAUCAAAUAUAUCUCGAUGUACUUCUGCCACAAUAUCCGGCAGUUCCACUAAGCUACAAUGUGGCCGAGCUUAGAUCGAAAAAACCUAUCCUCUUCUUGGCUGUCCUGGCGGCAGGUUCAGGAUCAUCAGAUCCGUCCUUGAAUCGCAGACUGAACCAGGAGAUCCAAAGGGUAUAUGCCACGAAAGUGUCAAUCCAGGGUCUCAAGUCGCUCGAGCUGGUACAGUCUCUUUUGGUUUCGAUUCUCUGGACUUACCCUCCAGACAAGUUUGAGGACCUGAAGUUCCAUCAACAGAUACACAUGGCAGCUACGAUGGCAUUGGAUUUGGGGCUCGCUAACAAGCCAAAGGGGAACUCGAUGGGGCAGCAACCCUCCAAAGUGCUCUCUGCCGGGGACAAUCCCGAUUUGGCGGAGGAUCAAGGGUCCACGAGCCUGCCAACGAGAUUUCCCGGCGGGCAGCCUUUCGAUGUUUCUUAUGAUACAGAGUCUGCAAACCAUGUGAUGUCCCCGAAGAAGCAUUUGCCGGAUAGUGGUUCCUUAGACUGCCGCCGAGCAUUGUUGGCGUGUUACCUGUUCUGUGCUUCGGUAUCUAUGAGUCUGCGCCUUCCAAACUUCAUGCGUUAUUCUUCUUGGAUGGCGGAUUGCUCUGAAGUCCUGAGAACAUCCCCAGACGCUGCGCCUACUGACAAGCGAUUUGUGGCAUGGGUCCAGCUACAACGUCUCGUUGAGGAGUGCGGAACAAAUUUCGCAUUAGACAGCCCUGAUGAUACGGUCAGCUUGGCAGAUGAGCGCGCUCAGCUCAUGCUUCAGAGCUAUGAGAAGCAAUUGGAAGCAUGGAGGCAACAUGCUGUUAGCAAUGACAACAUCAUGAACCCUUUCCUGGAGAUCACCUACCACGCUAAUAACAUCUACCUGCAUGAAAUCGCCCUUCACCCUGAUCACGACGCCGAAGACUUUAAACCACCAUUUUCUGUAGCGGUGAAUGAUUCCAUGCCACACACCCCAACAGGAACUCCGACUCCACCGUAUAUCAAUGCGAUCAUUCAAUGUAUCUCUUCAUCAGAUGCCUUGAUAAAGACCUUUUUGAACAUAAGCGUCCAACAGAUCCGCGCAACCCCAACACUCGUCUACGUCCGCGUAGUCUACGCUGUCGUCAUUCUUAUCAAACUAUCCGUCAGUACAAGUACAACCGAGCUCGGAAAAGUGCUGAAAUCCGAGGAUAUCAAGGUCUCACUCUACCUCGAGCAGCUUCUUAUUCAUCUUAGGGCGGUGGCCACCCUGGACGACCAAAAUAUACACACUCUUGGGGCCAAAUUCCUCCAAAUAUUGACCAAAGUCAGGGUCUGGUUCCACCAACAAGGGAGGCCACACAGACCAGCAAAUGAGGAAAUACGGUCGGCUGCAGGCUUUGAGCUUUCUAGACCAACGGAAUUGACACGAGGAGACCCUUCACAAUACACAGAAAAAUUUAACUUUCGCAACGAUUUUAGCAAGAAUCCUACCAUGGACACUACCGCGUGGCCCAAUCAGUUCCAAUCAUCUAACGGCUACUCUGAUGCGAAUUAUUCCUUGCAACCGUCUUGGAAUGAUAUGGCCUUCGACUUCCCAAUGGAUCUCCACCCGAAUCUGUUCACGCAUCUGAUACAGGCUGACCAGACCCAGAAUUAUCAAGACAGCGAAACCUCGAACGUGGAGGUGUUCAACGAAAUGGAUUAUCUCAAUAACAUGCCUGACUUCGGUAGCUGGCCCAUGCAAUGA